GAAGUCUUGAUAUAUAAUUUAUAUAUUAAGAUCAAAAAUGCCACUCCUCUAGAAGUUACCUUAUUUAUCAACCUGUAACCAAAAAGUGGCCAAUCUUCCUCAAUGAUUUGAGAUAUAUUUGACCACUCACAGUCAUUAACAUAGUCAUUAAUAGUCAAUCGGUAGUUUUCAUCAUAAGAAAUGAUAUUUGCACGACUUGCAACCGGAGUAUUUUGUUAAUUUUCUUGGAUGAAAUACGAAAAAAUCAAAAUUCAAGGCUUAAGUUUAAUAUCUCAUGGCGUCCAAUCACGAUGAAUGGAGAUUGUAAAACCUGACUAAAGUGCCUCGAAUCUAGCCGACAGAACUCAGUGGGAAAUUUGGUUUAGCCGAGUGCAGAUCGUGGGCUUUUGUACAGAAGGAGAUCACUUGUGAAAAGAUGGUUAAAUCACUGCAUUUCUUCGCCGUCCUGUUCCUGACCUUCGGCAUCUUCACCGUCACGCGAAGUGCAUCAAUCUUCGGGGACGAUGAUGAGGACAGUGCAGAUCCCGAGCCUAUCAAGGACAACGAAGUCAAAGUCCUUUUCAGAGAGGAUUCACACACAGAGACUGGAUACAAAUAUGUGUACGAACUGAGCGAUGGCACGGGAAGAGAGGAAGUCGGCACGAUCCACAAUCGAGGAACUGACCAGGAAUAUUUGGAAGUGGCGGGAUUCUAUCGAUACACAGGACCCGAUAAGUACAUCUAUCGCGUCGACUACACUUCUGGUCCUCAAGGAUAUCAAGCCAUGACCAGUCGUUAUCACUCAAAGAACAGAAUUUCCCCAGUCGCGCUCAAGUCUCUUGUCGGCUGACAAAGUCGCCUAACCUCAAUAGAUUGUCCAAUUUCCUUCAAGAAUUGUCAUGAAUUUAACAAGCAGAAAUACACUGAAAUU